AUGCUCCGGCCCAGGGAACAUUGCACUGACUGGCAGGGUUGUAAAAAUGCCUCACAAGAGAUCAUUCAACAGCUGUGGAAGUUGCGAGUCAAGCCUUUGGCACUGAAUACCACUGAGCCUGCUUUGUUUCCCAAGAAGAUUGACUGUGAAGACCACUGUGAUCCAGAGUCCCUGGGCAACGAUAAUAAAAUGCAUUGCCUGCAGAAGAUCAGCCAAGGACUUCACCAUUAUCACACUCUUCUGGGACUGUAUUCGCAAGCACAAAACAUCACUGACCUACGAUCUGCCUUGGAAAAGCUGUCAUGCCUCCUUCAGAAGGAUCCAGACAUCACAGAAAGAAUCCACCCAAGCAAAAAUAACACCAGCACUUGGGAGCAACAACUACUUCAGCAAGAUACCCUGUGGCGUCUGCAGUCCUUCUCGGUUGUGGUGGCAAGGGUCUUUGCUCAUAGUGCAGCUUUAAAUGUGAAGAUUCAGCAAUAA